AAGUAUUCUAGCUCACUUUAGCCUGGUGGCUGCUGCACCGCGCGGCGCAGAAGACGCUGCCUUUUGGAAAAGGCUGAACGGUAUCUGCACCACCUCCUCAAGUUUCUCCACUUGAUCCGUCCUCGAACACGGAAGUUGCGAGAGCGGCAUUACAACAUCACGUCGAUUGCGGGGACUGGGCGAGGGCGAAAGUUAUGGCGCGCUUUCUCCAAUCGGCGACGACCGGAGCCCCGCCCCUGCACGCCUCUCGGAAAGUUUUCCGGCGCCAGUUGUGCACUCGGCCGCAGAGAGAGCAUGCCGCAACAGCGCGACAAUCGAGUCCGUCACGCGGACGACGCCCUUGCGGCUGCGAUGGAGCUGUGCUGCGUGCCGACGGGCUGUCACUCGGACGAACCGAUGCUCGCAGACAGUGCGGUUAGGGUGAUCUGCAACAACGAACACUGCCCGCAGAGUCAGCUGAUGCACAGGGCCUGCUUCGAGGAGUGGGAGAACGCGGUGCUCUCCUUCCUUCGCUCCACGGGACGCGCGCGCUCGUGGAGCGAGAAGCAGCGGCUGCAAAACUUGUGGACCAAGAAAGGCUACGACUUGGCCUACAAGGCGUGCGGCUGCCGCUGCGGCAAGGGCCACCUGCGAAAGGACCUCGACUGGGUGCCGCCGGCGGCCGCCAAGAAGAAGCAGCGACGACGUAGGGGCAACGACAAGCCCAGCCUGAACAAACCACCGAGCAGCGUGCCGCGGCUACGCAGCUCGAGCAUGUCAAGCACGGGCUCGGCCGGCAGCCCGCCCAGCUCGUCGUCGCCCGAGUUCCCGCCGUCGCCGACGCACAAGCUGUUUUCGCGCCGCCAGGACUACUCGUCCUUCAACGCGCUUCCGCGGCACAAGAUCAACGCGUACCACAUCAAGAUGGAAGACGACGGCGACGACAUCCGCUGCUUCAUCCUCAACACGCUCGGCGCCAACAAAACGUCGCGCGUGGCUUGCGUCGUGUGCCAGGCGCCCAUGUGCGUGUUCGACCGCUACCCGCUGGUAGACGGCACGCUCUUCCUGUCUCCUCGACAGCACAGCCCGGGCUCGGUGCCGGUGCGCGUGGACGACGAGAGGGCGCAGUACUUGAGCGCCGUGUGCAUGCGCUGCCUCGAAGGCUGGCCGCUGGCGUGUGGCGCGUGCGGCGCUCGCUGGAGCGGCCGCCACCUCAUCCUGGGCACCAUGUACGCGUACGACAUAUUCGCCGCCACGCCGUGCUGCGAGGAGCGACUGCGCUGUAGCAGCUGCCGACGGCCGUUCGCCUCCUCGCGGAGCUACUUCAGCGACUACAGCCACUGCGUCGGCUGCGCCCACUGCGGCGCCAGGGACUACCACUUCGUCAAGCCGCUCAGCACGUACGUCAGGCUGUGAGUGUGACGACGGUACGUACUGGCGCAUUUCCCAUUUGUAAAAUGUCAUUUUCAUUCAGCUCUUUGUACAUGUUGCGACACAGAAUAAAAGGGAAUGUCUCUGGAGAGGCAAUCGUGAAUAAAGUUGUUUUUCUAUGCGUGUG